AUGAACAUUUCAGAGUUUAUCAACCGACAAGAAUUUUUUGAGGAAGCCUUUUUCAAAAACUUCAUUGUGGUCUUAUUUGGUAUAAUUAUCAGUUGUAUCAACAGUUCCCUGGUUUAUACUUUCUUCAAGAAUCCUGUCUUAGCUCAGGAGCCCCGCUAUAUCCUCUACAUGCAGCUGAUCAUCAAUGACAUCAUUACAUUAUCUGUCAGUGUGAUUUUGUUUAUGUUUGUUUACUUACUGCCAAAAAUAAAUGUUGCUAUCUGCUGCGUUUUCAUCUUCAUUGGAAGCAGUGUCUACAAGAACACACCACUAAACCUGGCCGGCAUGGCUAUUGAGCGCUUUGUGGCCGUCUGCUACCCUCUACAUCAUGCACGGAUAUGCACCGUACAAAAUACCAAAAUUCUGAUCGGCAUCAUCUGGCUGGUGGGAGCCGUGCCUGCCGUGGUGGACCUGCUUGUGGUCAUAAUUCUUCGUCCACUCUCCUUUUUCACUUCUAGCCGCAAAUGUUACCACCGGAAUGUGUUUGAUUUUGAAUACAAUAUAAUAAGUCAUGCUGUCUUUAACAUUGGCUACAUGUGCUUAGUGUGGGUGCUGCUCUUCUACACUUACUUCAAAGUGCUGUUUUCUGCUAAAGCAGCUGCUUCAGAACCAGCUCAAGCACAGAAGGCCAGGAGAACCAUUUUACUACAUGGAGUCCAGUUACUGCUCUGUACAUUGUCCCUGUUUACAGCUGUCCUGGAUGGGGCCUUAACGUCUUUCUUUCCUUACUAUAGGUCUAUAAUCUACUUUUGCACCUUCCUUCUCACCAGCAUUUUACCACGUCUGUUGAGCCCACUCAUAUAUGGCAUGAGGGAUCAAAAGUUUAAAAAAUACAUGAAGAGUUCACUUAUGUGUGGCUACAAGAGAGCCAUUGACCCUUCUGAUUAG